AACGCGGGGGUAAAUCAAAAAAAUUAAUAAGAGCUUUUUUGUAGAGCGGACAAUUUUACAAAAGAAAAUGAUUUUUUCAAGCCUUUUGGAUGAACCAUUAAAAAGAUAAAAAAUUCUAAACACAAAUACACAAUCUUUCUUAUACAAAUCGUAUGGGAAAUAGAAAUUUGUGAUGCGGCGGUACUAAAUGUUAACAUUAAUGGCUGAAACUUUUACAGUAUUUUUUUUCGUCAUUUCCAACAAUAUUUUCAACAAUGCUUUGAACAAAAAAAAAAAUUUUUUUUUUGAAUCAGUCUAGUAAAAAAUUAACCCCUCGAGUGCGUCAUUUCUACCUAUUUUCUGCUUAUACUGUGUUCAUCAUAUUAAGGGUAAAAAAUUAACCCCUUGAGUGCGUCAUUCAUAAGAUAAUUAAUUACUAUACACAUUUGUAUCAAAGUUUUUCAAUUAUUUUAUAUUUUAAGUUUUGAACUUCAUAUCCCCGUGGUAUCAUCAAUCAACAACUAUUUCCAACUAUAUUCCAACUCAUAAUAAAACUUACAUACCGAAAAAUAUUUUUCUUCAUAAAACUUGUAUUCUUUCAAGUGGACGGAGUAUAUUCAAUGGUGAAAAAAUAAUUUUCUUAAUUUAUUAAACAAUAAAUUAGUGAAAUAAAUGACAAUUUCUAUGGAGAUGGAGAGUUAUGAUUCUCGAUCAAAUGCUGAUUCAAUUGGAAAACGCAUUAAGUAUGGAACCCCAUAUCAAGCUUUUAAAGGAAUAUUCAUUGAUUAUUUGAAAGAGAGCUCAAUUCAUGGAUUCAAAUAUGUUGGCGAACAAAAACGAUCAACUGUGGAAAGAAUAAUCUGGUUUUGUGCUGUAAUUGUAUCAAUUUCAACAUGCGGUUACCUAAUUUACAAUAUUUGGAACGAACGCAACCAGAAUCCAGUACUAGUGACCUUAGACGGAAGAUUAACGCCUGUUUGGGAAAUUCCAUUUCCUACGAUUACAAUUUGCCCGCAGAUCCAAAUUCACAACAAAAUUUUUAAUCUCACUAAAGAAGCAACAAAUAUAACAGAAGAUGAGUAUGAACAUUGUGAUAAUUUUUUUUUAAAUGGGUGA